CAGGAACCUCAGGUUUUUUUCUCAGGAUGGCUUCCUGUCUGUUUUCCUUCCUCCUCUUUGUCUCCCUGUUUCCCUCCAUCCCUGCUGCCGUUCCCACUGGCCUCAAAGUGCGAGUCACCGACCGAGCCGAGGACAUUUUAACUUUCUUUUAGUGUUUUCUGAUGAAGAGAAACAAAGAUUUCCUCACUCACUGACUCAAACCAUCUGAGGAUUAAUACUGAGACAAAACCAGCACAGAAAAACAACUGGUCAAUAUUGAUGGAGCUUCAAACCCUGAAGGCUUUCGGGCUGACGUUUUUGGAUGAACUGCUGAACAAACCUUUUCCAGACAUCUUAGUGCCGGUCACACAAUCUAUAAACUUUAAUAUCAAAGGGUCAACAUUCACUCAUCUGUCAGUGAAUCCACAUCAGGCCAUCCUUCGUUUCCAGGGAGGUGGUGUCAAGAUUGAAAUCAGGGACAUGAACUUUGCAGGAAAUUUUCAACGAGACGUCAAGGCAUAUUUAUUAAGUCUUAAAGGAGCAGGGACCUUUGAAGGAGCAGGCGUGAGUGCCACGAUUGGACUGGACCUGAACCGAAACCAAAACGGACACCUGAGUGUCCAGAUGUCAGACUGUCGAUUUCAAGCUGAUCAGAUCAGCGUGAACCUCGGCGGCCCUCUGGGGGUGGCAGUCAAGACUUAUGACUAUUUUAAAUCAUUAUUCCGAGGCUUAUUCAACAAUCAGCUCUGUCCUUUUAUCGAGACGUAUGCCAUGCCUAAAAUCAAUACCAUGUUGGAGAGCCUCACCAUGGUGAUGAAGGUAAACGAAGACCGUGACAUCAACAUCGACUACUCUCUGAGCGGAAACAUCGCGGUGACCCCUCACACCCUGGAUAUCCCAUUCAAAGGUUUGGUGUUCAGGCAGGGGCAGAACGUGGACAUCCUCUUCACAUCAGAGAGGAAAGGAACUGAUCUAGUUUUCUAUGAUACUGACCGGAUGGCUUUUCUUGGUGUCUCUGAGUUCUUCUUCAACAGCAUCGGCGUGGUCCUCUACCAAUCAGGAACCUUUCAUUUCGAACGCCCAGAGCUGACCAAGCUGCAAAAGUGGGGUUUGUCACUUGCAGGAAUUGAGUUUCCUCUUGAUGUGACGUUCACUGAGGCUCCGAUCAUCAGCAUCAGUCCAGACGGACUCUCUAUCAAUGUGAACGCCUUGGCCCAGCCUUUGGCCAAAACAAAACCUGUUCCUCUGACCUGUGAAGGCAAUGUGAAGAUCGGUAUCAAUAACAGGCAUCUGGUUUUUCCCUCCAACAACAUCAAAUGUAAACUCCGCCCUACAACAGUCAGGGGAAAAGCAGUGAAGAAGCCUGUUAACAACGGCCUUAAGACAUUCAUUCAAGACUUGUUGGAUAAAGGAAUAUUGAUCCCUCUGCCUGACGGUGUGGACUUCACUCAGGGGAAGAUCGACUAUUAUAAUGGCUACCUGGUGAUCGGAGGAAACCUGGGCAUGACUCGAGUGGCGAGGGAGAAGGUGGUGAAGGGAUUCGGCAGGUAGAUGGACGAGAAUCUCACCCUUAGGAAAAAGAAAUCUGUUGCUAUGGUGGAUACAUAAUGUUAAAUCCAGUAAACGGGCUUCAGAAAGUAUUCAUACCUCUUUCUUCACACUUUAUGGAUUUGGAGAUUUAAUCAUGAAUUGAUUAUUAUAAAAAUAACUGUUUUGCCAUCUGUCUUUCAAUAACACAUGAUGACACAGUGAGAACAUUGUUUUUUUUACAAACUGUUGCUAAUUUAUUAAAAGUCAAAACCUUCCAGUCUGGUCUUUGACUGGUCCACUCAAGGACAGAGAUGUCCUGAAGUCACUCCAGUCUUGGCUGUUUGCUUCAGGUCAGGUUGAAUAUUUGUUAAGCUACAAUAAUGUUACAGUAUAGUAUAGCAUAAAAACAAAAACAAAGUGUCUCCAAGUGGUCAAACAUCUGUCAUUAUCCUUGCUGUGGUUUGUUAAAUGUUGUCUAGAACAGAAUCAAUAAAGUUUUGUGGCUUAA